AGUAACAUUUACUCCCUCCGUAUCUGAAAAGAAAGCCGUUUAGGACAUGAGUACGCAUACCAAGGAGUGAUUAAUUAGGGUAGAGUUUUCCCUGUUUACCCCUAUUAAAUAGGGUCGCGGGAACUCUUAGACCACAAGCAAGUCCGGCUUCAAACUGGUUGGCACAAGGAGCCUCAACGCAAGAGGUCGCGGGAUCGACUCCUGGCGGGCUUGUUUUUUGCUGGGGGUCCGUUUUUUUGCUCUUUCGCUGGAUGGUGUUCGUGCGUGCGUUGAUUUUUUUUUGCUCGUUCGCUGUGCAUGGCGCUCGCGCGCGCUGGGCGUCUUUUUUUUUUUUGCUCGUUCGCUGCAUGGCGUCUUUUUUUUUUUGCUCGUUCGCUGCAUGGCGGUCGUGCGCGCGCGCUGGGUAUCGUUUUUUUUUUUGCUCGUUCGCGCGCUGGGCCUCGUGUUUUGUUCGUGCGCGCGCUGGGCAAUGUUUUUUGCGCCGUUUUUUCCCGCGUAGCCGGCCGCUCGGAUGCCUGCGCUAUUUAACAGACCACCACCGAGACUUGAGCUUACCAUCCAGCACGAACAACACAUUCCAGUGCACACACAUGGAUCUCAACAUUUCUUUAGAGGAACAAGAAAACAGCAAUGGUAGAUUUGAUCUCAACAUUCCCAUACUGGAAGAUGGUGAAGACGUCAAUGGAUUUGGCGCCCCUGUAAUGCAAGAUGGUGAAGACGACCUUGUACUGGAGGACGCUGAAGACGCCCUCGACGUCAACGCCCCUGUGCUGGAAGAUGGUGAAGACGCCCCUGUAGUGGAGGACGUUGAAGACGGCCUCGACCAGAACGUGUUUGAUCUAAACCUUCCACUAGAUGAGUUCGGCGCGGUGGAUUUUGAUUUCGUUCAAAACAAUCUUGAACAAGCCGUGCAAGCUCCAGUUCAAGCAAACCGAAGAAAUCUAGACAUGUCAGAUGAGCUUAGAAAGCAAGUUUACCAAGCUUUAUUAGCUAGAAGCAAGAAUGGGCAUCUAGGCAAGAAAGAUACAAGAAUUGUUGCCGAGCAUUUUGGGGUACACAUUCAGGUCGUCCAACGUUUGUGGAAGAGAGGUAAAACACAACUUGCAAAUUUCAUUCCGGUUGAGGUUAGCAGUAGAAAGAAGGGUAGAUGUGGUCGUAAGGCAAUCCCUGUUAAUUUGGAAGCAUUGCGCAACAUUCCUCUCAAGGAUAGAAUGACAAUAGAAGAUGUGUGUAGCCAACUUGACAUGAGUAAAUGGAAGAUUCAAAGGUUACUGAAAAAAGGAUUUAUUAGGCGCCAUUCUAGUAGCAUAAAGCCAUACCUCACUGAUGCUAACAAAAAGGCUCGGUUGAAGUGGUGUGUUGAUAUGAUUGACAAGGACAUCCUUGAUGACCCAAGAUUUAGGGAUUUGUUUGACAUUGUGUUCAUUGAUGAAAAAUGGUUUUACCUCUCUAAAAAAUCAGAGAAUUAUUACUUGCUACCCGAAGAAGAUGAACCCCAUCGCACUUGUAAGAACAAAAAUUACAUCCCUAGGAUCAUGUUCUUGUGUGUUUGUACUCGGCCAAGGUUUAGGGAUGGAGAGUGUAUUUUUGAUGGCAAGAUUGGUUGUUUUCCACUAGUUACUUAUGAACCGGCUCAAAGAGGUAAUGAGAGAACCGGUCGUGUUCGUGGAGACUUGAUGGUAAAGCCUAUAGCUUCGAUCACAAGAGAUGUGAUGAGGGACUUCAUGAUCAACAAAGUUUUACCGGCAAUUCGAGCCAAAUGGCCAAGAGAGGAUGUGGGCAAACCAAUCUACAUUCAACAAGAUAAUGCACCUUCCCAUAUAAAAUUGGAUGAUCCAAUUUUUUGUGAGGCUGCAAAGCAAAAUGGCUUUGACAUUCGCCUAAUUUGUCAACCACCUAAUUCUCCGGAUUUUAACAUUCUUGAUUUGGGAUUUUUUCGAGCUAUUCAAGCCAUUCAAUACAAGAAAAAUGCAAAAACAGUUGAAGCUCUAAUUCCAGUAGUACAAGAGGCAUUCAUGGAGUACUGUCCACACAAGGCAAAUAGAAUAUUUGUAACCCUCCAAACUGUUUUGAUGGAAGUCAUGAAGAUUAAAGGAUGCAACAAGUACAAAAUUCCUCACAUGCAAAAGGAAAGAUUAGAGAGAGAACAAAGACUUCCCUUGCAGAUUUCUUGUGAGCCAUCGUUGCUAGCUGAAGCCAUAGGUAGUCUAGAUGCAUGAAACAAAUAGAACUCGAUUAGUACUAGAUGAUAAGCAAUGGUUGAACAAGAACUCGAUGAGCAAUGUAAUCUUACUGUUUUCA